UUUUCCCUGUUUCAAACGUUUACUUGUCGUGGUUUAAAAUAACUUCCCGAACUGCCUCCUGCCAUUUAGUGUCAGUCCUGCUUUUUCUAACUUAGGAUUUUUGUUUUUCGGCCGAUUUAUGCAAGCUGCUGGUUAAGCAACUGUUUGACCCUGAGACGUGACACAUUGCAUAACCAAAACACAAAAGGCUAUCAGCAGCCAGCCACCAACUCUACAAGAACAAAGAUGGCAGAUAAAGUUCUCACCAUGGAUGCUGUGAAUCCCAAUAUAAGGGACAUGGAAUAUGCAGUCAGAGGCCCCAUAGUAGCUAGGGCUACUGAGUUAGAAAAGGACCUAGCCAAAGGUGCCAACAAACCUUUCACAUCCGUGAUGAAGGCCAACAUUGGUGACUGUCAUGCUACAGGCCAGACACCCAUUACCUUCAUCCGUCAGGUUUUGUCACUGUGUGCAUAUCCGGAUAUGAUGGACACUUGCGGAUUUCCUGAUGAUGUCAAAGAAAGGGCCAAGCGAUUGUUAGGGGGCUGUAAAGGGGGCAGUGUUGGGUCCUAUUCGGCCAGUCCAGGUAUAGAUGUAAUAAGAGAGGAUAUUGCUAAAUACAUAUCUGAUAGAGAUGGAAUUCCUAGCAAACCGGAAGAUGUCAUGUUGUGUACAGGAGCUAGUGACGGAAUAAAGACAAUUCUAGCCAUGCUAAUGACUGGGAAAUUGGGGAAGGAGAGAGCUGGUAUCUUGAUUCCUGUCCCUCAGUACCCCCUGUACUCAGCAACCCUCACAGAAUUUAAUGCCUAUCCAAUCCCUUAUUACAUGGAUGAAGAGAAUCAUUGGGGGCUUGAUGUAAAGGAGUUAAAAAGAGCCAUUAAUGAAGCUAAAUCAAAAUGUGUCCCCCGGGCUAUUUGUGUCAUUAAUCCUGGAAAUCCCACUGGACAAGUUCUUACCAGACAAAACAUUGAAGAUGUUAUCAAGUUCGCAAAGCAGGAGAAACUUAUGAUACUGGCUGAUGAGGUAUACCAACAUAAUAUAUGGGGAGAAGGCUGCCAGUUUUUCUCCUUUAAGAAAGUCCUGUCAGAAAUGGGCCCUGAGUACAAUACAAUGGAGCUGGCCUCUUUCAUGUCUGCAUCAAAAGGGUUUAUGGGGGAGUGUGGUGCUAGGGGAGGAUAUGCAGAGGUGGUCAAUUUACUUCCUGAUGUCAAGGCUUGCCUCAUGAAGUCCAUAUCAGCCAAACUAUGCCCACCAAUUAUAGGACAAAUCGUCAUGGACUGCAUCACAAAUCCUCCAAAAUCAGGAGACCCUUCCUAUGAAAAAUUCAAACAAGAAAAAGACAAUGUUCUGGCUCUACUGAAGAAAAAAGCAAGUAUGGUCACCAGUUUAUUCAACUCUAUAGAGGGCAUUAAAUGCAAUGAAGUCCAAGGAGCUAUGUAUGCAUUUCCCAGAAUCUUUCUACCUCCAGCUGCGAUAGAAGAAGCCAAGAAAAGAAACCAGACCCCUGAUGCCUUCUACUGCUUCCAGCUAUUGGAGACUACUGGAAUCUGUGUGGUGCCGGGGAGUGGGUUUGGAGAGAAGGAAGGAACUUACCAUUUUAGGAUCACUAUACUCCCUAAAAUAGAGGAGAUGACAUCAGCUCUGGAGCGCUUCAAGGAAUUUCACCUGGCCUUCUUGGCACGCUACAAAAACUAACUAGUUCAGGGAUAAGAAGUGAAGUUCUAGAAAUACAGGACAAAAAUUGAAUGUGGCUGCAUUUAAAAUAUGACUAUUGUUUGUUGACAUUGUUGUUGUAAAUAGUACAUGGCACUGAGUGAAAUGAUGCUCUUCAGUGCAGUAUUUAACCAAAUUUUUAUCCUUGAAUUUUAUCUGAUUUCCCAGAAAAUAAUUUUUUUUUUACUAUUAUUUUAGUGCAUUUUUAAAUUUACUUUUUAAAAUUGCUUCAGGAAAGUUUUUAAAUCUUGUUUAUGUCUCAUGUCCAUAAACUGAAUGGAAGUCAUUGGUAAUUUUUCCCUAGUUGUUGUACAUGCUUGUUAUUUUUUCUCAGAAAUACAUUGUAUUAUCUCUGAUUACAAGAAUGC